GGUACCGCUGCAGUGGGAAGACCUUCCAGUUUCCUCUAGCCCCGUGGUUUCGAGACAGGACUGCGUGCUGCUGGUGCUGUGGAGAGCUGGCAGGCACAGGCUUCCGGCAGGCAACAGGUUAUCCACAGCUGUGUGCUGAGGGAUGGAGGCGCUCAGUGCUCGCCCGCUCCCCGCCAGCCUCCAGCCGCUGCUGCCCAGCCAUAAAUCAGGGGCUGAUGUCCUUUUUCACAGCCGACAGAAAGCAGAUAAGCAAAGAUGUGUGAGUGUGUGCGUGCGUGUGUGCACAGAAAAGGGGCUAGCAAACAUGGAUUCAAGAUUUUCCUCUCCCCAGUGGCUGUGCAAAGGAAUGAAAGGUCGGCAUCAAGCUGAGGUGGAAGGGUUGCAGGUCACUGUGCCUGAGAAGAAGAAGGUGGCCAUGUUAUUUCAGCCUGCUCUGCUUCGCUGCCAUUUCUCUACUUCUUCCACCCAACCAGCCGUGGUACAGUGGAGGUACAAAUCCUACUGCCAGGACCGGAUGGGAGAAGCUCUGGGUAUGGUGACUUCUGGUUUGCAAACAAUGAGCAAGAGGAACCUGGACUGGGAUCCCUACCUGGACUGUGUGGACAGCAGGAGGACAGUCCGUGUCGUGGCCUCCAAGCAGGGAUCUGCCAUCACCAUAGGAGACUUCUAUAAGGAAAGAGACGUCAGCAUUGUCCAUGAUGCAGACCUGCAAAUCGGGAAGCUGAUGUGGGGAGACAGUGGCCUCUAUUACUGCCUUAUUAUCACACCAGAUGAUGUGGAGGGGAAGAAUGAAGAAUCAGUGGAGCUGCUUGUGCUUGGCAGGACAGGGCUGCUUGCUGAUCUCUUGCCCAGUUUUGCUGUGGAGAUUAUGCCAGAGUGGGUCUUUGUGGGCCUGGUGAUCCUGGGGGCGUUCCUGUUCUUCCUCCUGGUGGGGAUCUGCUGGUGCCAGUGCUGCCCGCACAGCUGCUGCUGUUACGUCCGCUGCCCCUGCUGUCCUGAGUCCUGCUGCUGUCCCCGGGCGCUGUAUAUAGCAGGCAAAGCAGCAAAAGCUGGGUACCCUCCUGCAGUCUCUGCCAUGCCAGGUCCAUACUACAUCCCCAGUGUUCCCGUAGCUGGUGUCCCAUCUCCUGCUGUGCUGAUGGAUAAGUCACACCCCCCUCCCUUAGCCCCAAGUGAGGCCAGCGGAGGAAGCCAAAAUGCAGUGCGCAAAGGGUACAGGAUCCAGACUGACAAGGACAGGGACUCCAUGAAGGUGCUGUACUAUGUCGAGAAAGAACUGGCGCAAUUUGACCCGGCUAGGAGGAUGCGAGAACGAUAUAACAACACAGUGUCUGAGCUGAGCUCGCUGCACGAGGAGGACCUGAACUUCCGCCAGCCCUACCGGCAGUCACGGAGGAAACCUCUGCCCCCCGCGGGGGACGUGGACGGCGACGCCGAGUACUGGGCCGGCGUGGUGGGCGGCGGCGGCAGCACCUCCAGGUCACAGGCUGUGUCCGAGUACAGGGACGAGCGGGACAGCUACUGGCACAGCCAGCAGAGAUCCAAGUCGGAGAUGCUGUCCCGUAAGAGUUUCUCCGUGGGAGUGCCGGCCGUGUCCAUGGACGAGCUGGCGGCCUUUGCCGAGUCCUACAGCCAGCGGCCGCGGCGGGCGGACAGCCAGGAGAUGCGGCGCUUCGAGCGCUCCGAGUCGCACGGCGGGCGCGGCGGGGGGCUGCCCCACCAGGACAGCUCCAUGGAGGAAUACUACACCAAGCGCUGCAGGGGCAACCGGGAGCCGCUGACGGACUCGGAUCGGGGCUGGUCCUACAGCCCGCCCCGGAGACGGGCCCACGAGGAGAAGCACCUUCCCAGGCUGGUGAGCCGGACGCCCGGAGGGAGCCAGAAAUACGAUCACUCCUACCUCAGCAGCGUCCUGGAGAGGAAAUCCCGGAGCUAUGACGAGAGCGGUGACCAUUGUGCCACCCCCUCGAAGCUGAGCUCGCAGCCCAGCCAGAGAGGAGGGAGCACGUACUACGCCUGGUCACCGCCCUCCACCUACAAAGCCGAGAAGUCGCAGCCGCCGCCGCAGCAGUCGUCGUCCCCCGAGCAGGAUGAGGAGGAGGAGGACAGCCUGCCCCCCUACAGCGAGAGGGAGCUGAGCCGAGGCCCUUCCUACAGGGCCAGGGAACAGGCCUACCUCAAUGCCUCUGACAAGAAGAGGAAAAAGGACCCCAAGAAAACAGUGAGGCCAUGUCUGGUGGUCCUCGUCCAAAUAGGCUGAGCGGAGAGCCACCAGAAUGAUUUCCCAACAAGGAUGUCCCUUGUGGUUUGAAGUUGUUGUGGACCUGUCAUGUUGAUGGGCUGGAUAUCAUGAGGUGACUGCAGUGGAGAAGAUGCAGAGCAACAAGCAAGACAUGCCUCUGUGAACCUUUGCAGCCAUCAGCCAUGGACUGGUUCAAUUUUUUGUUUCAUCUGGGGGAGCUGAGGCUUUUUUAAGAGACAGACUCCCAUGGACAGCACUCAAUCCCAGAGGCUCUGGGAGUCUGCCAGGAAAAUGAGGCUAGGGCUCUCUUUGGCACCCUGUUUUCCAGUGCCCUCCAUUCUGCUCUGGAUGGCAGCCACGUCCCUACUGCCUCUGCAGUCCUCCCUGCAGCCCUGAACUCCACGUGAGGCUGCCUUUGUGCCUCUUGCCCUGUCCCAUGUGCAGAGGGAGGCAUGUGUACCUCUUGCUCUGUCUCCUCAGUUCUCUGUUUGGAUCAAAAUUGUCUCCACACUUAAAGCCUUUUCUGUAUCACCCCUGUGCUGGGAGGAGGCCUUACAACUGCAGACUGCCUCCAGCUGAUCAGGCCCUAAAUCACAAAAGAAAAUCCACAUCCUUUCAGACACUGUAAGAAAAUGACUGAUGAGAUGUUACCUUGAUAAGGGCUGAAUGGGGAAAGAGACAAUUAUGAGCUGGUUUGUUCAAUAUAUUUAGUUCUGUUCGUUGUGUGAUGAGAGUUGCAGGUGAGAUUGAUGUAUUGUUCUGGAAGUGGGUCAAAGUAGCUUUUAUUGUGAUGAGAGCAUGAUUUGUUUUCCCCCUGCCCCCAGCUGUGUUCUGUUUUGAUGCUGUUGCAUUUCCUUGCAGCUCAGCUGUGAGCCUGUAGAGCUUCAAGUUGGAAUACCUACUCCACUGUUUUAAAAGCAGUGCUCUAGCCUUCCUAGUGCUCUGCUUCCAGCACCACCAGGCACUUCUGCCACUCUAGUGAGUGGCCUUUUUGUUCCAAGGAAGCAAAAAGGGGACAGUCUCAAUGAGAGGGCAGCUGCAGACCUUCAUCCUGUGCCCUGGUAUUCCUUCUGGGAAUAGUUUCCCUGAAGAAACUACUACUGAAGAGACCAGUAACAACAGUGGGAAAAGAACAAGCACUGUGGAUGGAUACAAGCUUUGAAAGUCACCCUUUUCACUUAAAACCAUUCCAUUCACUUUGGUUGGGAUGUGGUUUUAGUGGCUGUUGUCUCAGGAAUAGCUUUAUUUAGAAGUGAGUGCUUCACACCAUUUGGAAGCCUGACAUUCUGGUUUUUAUAGGGUAUUAUGCAGUCAUUUAUUUAGCUGCUAAAAUCAUCAUGUGAGGGAAGAUGAUGGGAACAUUUUAAGGUCCAGUAUCUUGAUCCCUAUUAUACCUAGAAACAACUUAGUGCCCUGUUGUGUUACAGACAUUAUCAGCCUCUGAAAUGACAUCUUUGUUGUUCCUGUGGGAAUUUGGGAAGCUAGCUGGCCUCAGAUGCUCAUACUGGCAGUACUGUUUGGAACACAAGGUAUAUUAGCAUCACUGCAGCUCUCCAUAAAAAUGAUAGAUUAAUUUCUGUGUUACUCUUCUGCCAGACAGUUUAUCCACCAGGAAUGGUCAGGGGAGAGGAAGAAUAAUCUCCAUAGAUUUGAUGACAGUUUUCAUGUGAGAAGGUGAGUUGAUGAAAGGAUGACGUUCUUCUCCCACACUCCUAGCGAUGACUGUAGUUUUGGAAAUCCCAGUCCUGGUCUUCCUGGCCAGAGAGAGAUUAGCUAGCAGGAACAUACAGUUGUGGAAUUGUAGAAUUGUUUGUGCAGGAGGUAACCUUUCAAGAUUUCAAGAUUUAAAGUUUCAAUCCUCUGCCAUGGGAAGGGACGUCUUCCACAUAUAAGGUUGCUCAAAGCCCCAUCCAAGUAGACCUUCAACACUUUCAGGGAUGGCACAUUCACAGCUUCUCUGGACAACCUCUUCCAGUGUCUCACCACCCUCAGAGUAAAGAAUUUCUUCCUUGUUUCUAAUCUAAAAUUACUUGAAAAUCAAUGCCCUGGUAAAAAGUCCAUCUCCAGCUUUUUAGUAGGUCACUUCAGGCACUGGAAGGCUCUAUGGUCUCCUCAGAGCCUCCUCUUCUCCAGGCUUAACAGCCCCAGUUCUCCCAGUCUGCCUUUAUAGAAGUAUUCCAGCCCCUUUGACCAUUUUUGUCUCCCUCCUCUGGACCUGCUCUAACAGGUCCAUGUCUUCGUGUGGGUGGCCCCAGAGCUGAACACAGUACUCUGUGUGGGGUCUCAAGAGAAUGGAGCAGAGGGAAAUUCCACUCCUUGGCCUGCUGGUCACUCACCUGAUGCAGCCCAGGAUAUGGUUGGCUUUCUGGGCUGCGAGAGCACACGGCUGGCUCAUGUCCAAUCUCCAUCCACCACUAUAACAUCAUAGAAUUGUAGAAUGGUUUGGAAGAGACCUUAAAGAUCAUCUCGUUCCCCAAAUCCUUCUCAGGGGUCCCAGUCCAUUCUUCCCCCAGUGUGUACCAAUACCAGGGGUUGCCCUGACUCAGGUGUAGCCCCCCACACUUGGCUGUGUUGAACUUCAUGAGGUUCUCAUGGGCUUGCUCCUCAAGCCUGUCCCAGGGUCACUCUGGAUGGCAUCCCUGGCAUCAUUAAGCUUGCUGUCACCCACAGACUGCUGAGAGGGCACUCAGUCUGUGCCAUUAAUGAAAGUUGAAUAGUGUCAGCCUUGGUGCAGACCCUUGAGGGAGCCACUUGUUACAGCUGUCCUUCCAUUGACUGAUGCACUGGAUGUGGCCAUCCAGCCAAUUCCCUGUGCAUUCAUCAAACCCAUCUCUCUCCAGUUUAGAAACUAAAUGUUGUGUGGGACUUUGUCAAAGGCCAGAAGUCAAGGUGCAUGAUAUCAGAUGGAUUUUCCUUAUCCAUCAGUGCAGUCACUCUGUCAUAGAAAGUCUCCAAGUAAGCAGGUGUGAUUGGGCCUUGGUGAAGCCAUGCCAGAUGUCUUAAAUCACUUCUCUCCCAUCCAUAUGCCCUGCUUCCAGGAGGAUAUUUCAGGGCACAGAGGUGAGGCUGAUUGGUCAAGAGUUCCCAGGGCCCUGUUCUUCUAUCCCUUUAAAACAGGUCUGAUGUUUCCCUUUUACCAGCACUGGGGACCUGACUGCCUGAGUGUCACGACUUUUCAAACAGGGAGAGCAAGUUAGCAACUGCAUUUACUAUCUGUAUUAUGGCUGGAGAGAUUUAACAUUUUAAGGAUUUUCAUCUUCUUUUUACCAUUAAUUGUGUGUUCUUAGGAAAAUCACAGCACAGUUAGCAAGAGGUGGGCAGGUGCGUGCCAUCUGAGGUCUCUCAGGCCUUGGGAAGUCUACAGAGCUACACUGUCUGCUGGUUUAAAUCAAACAUUCAUUCUUGACAUGAGGAUUCUAGUAAGUUGAUGUUUUGUUAGCCUGAAAACCUUGGCAACCCCUGUGCCAUGAAUUUCAAAGCAGCUUAGCCUGCUAUCGUUUCCAUCAGACCCAGGAAACAGUUGACACAGAAAUUUGGAAGUGCAUCUGACUGUCCCAGAAAGGGGCCAAACCAGUGGUUUUACAAUCUCUGAAUACCUCUAUAUUUUAAAUCAUACUGAAACCCUGAGCAUUACAAUCUUCUCAUUUCAGUAAUGUUCUGUCCCAUAUCUCAGUCACUGUAGUUUAUUUGAUCAAGCCCUCAGGAAUGAGCUGUGUGUAUUAAAAAUACAAGUCUUCAUUUAUUUGA